UGCACGAUCAACGAUACAAAGCAGAUAUCAUUAUAGCCACGUCGAGCGAAGAUUAUAAUUAUAAGAGGACAAUGGAGAUUGCUGAAGAAGAAAGUUGUUCAUCGUAUCCACCUUGUGUUCCUAGCAAUAAAACAUCAAGUGUAUUCAACCACGAUAUAACAGAAUAUUUAAGAAAACAUAUGAGAUCAAAACAUUUAGCAAUUUAUAAUAACUCAGAAACAAAAUGGACACAUUCUAAAAUAGAUCACAAAUUUAAAUGCAAUUAUUGUGAUAAUACUUAUGAACCAGCAUAUAGAAUUGAUAAGAUGCUGAAUCACAUAAACAAUAGGCAUAAACUUAAUAAAGAAAUAGCAAAUAAAUUUCAAACCUGGGUGAUUGACCAAUUAUCUAUUCCGAAAUGCGAAAUUUGCAAACAAUUUAGUAAAUACCAUGCCUUUAUAUUUAUGAUACAUUUACACAAAGUUCAUGAUGUCAUUGUACCUCAAGAAUUCAUACCACAGAGAUUGUCAAAUGGAUUAAAUAAUCAUUUUGAAUUUUAUAAAAAUGUUGAAAACAUUCCAACAUCAACCAGCAAUAAUCAUCAGCAGCCAUCUAUACUUAGAACUUACUUUAAGGAUUAUGAUCCGACUUUUAAUUCUUCCGAUUCAUAUGAAGGAUAUUGUCAUUCAAUGCCUUCAACUAAUGAAACAUCAAGUUCUCGUGAAUGGUUAUGGCAUUACUUUACAAUAUAUAACGGCGAAUUUAUCAAAUGCAAUAUUUGUUUUCUUGUAUUCAACCACUAUUUAGAAAGAAAUUUAAUGAGACAUAUGAAUAAUAAACAUUUAAAAAUUUAUAAAAACUCAAAAACAAAAUGGACACAUUCUAAAAUAGAUCACAAAUUUAAAUGCAAUUAUUGUGAUAAUACUUAUGAACCAGCAUAUAGAACUGAUAAGAUGCUGAAUCACAUAAACAAUACGCAUAAACUUAAUAAAGAAAUAGCAAAUAAACUUCAAACCUGGGUGAUUGACCAAUUAUCUAUUCCGAAAUGCGAAAUUUGCAAACAAUUUAGUAAAUACCAUGCCUUUAUAUUUAUGAUACAUUUACACGAAGUUCAUGAUGUCAUUGUACAUCAAGAAUUCAUACCACAGAGUUUACCAUUUAGAUUAGAAAAUCUUUUUUAUCCAAGUAAAAAUGUUGAAAAUAUUCCAACAUCAACGAGCAAUAAUCAUCAGCAGCCAUCCAUACUUAGAACUUACUUUAAGGAUUAUGAUCCGACUUUUAAUUCUUCCGAUACAUUUGAAUUAUCAAAUACUUUAGUCAAUCUUUUAAGUUCUGAUAACGAUACUGCAACAUCAAGCAGUAAUAAUCAGCAGCCUUCUAUACUUGGAACUCACGAUGAAAAUUUGUAUUCUAAUUUUGGUUCUGACAAUUUAUAUCAAAAAGUGUGUCAUUCAAAGUCUUCAACUAAUGAAUUAUCAAAUACUUUAAACAAUCCUUUAAGUUCUGGUAACGAUACUGCAACAUCAAGCAGUAAUAAUCAGCAGCCUUCUAUACUUGGAACUCACGAUGAAAAUUUGUAUUCUAAUUUUGGUUCUGACAAUUUAUAUCAAAAAGUGUGUCAUUCAAAGUCUUCAACUAAUGAAUUAUCAAAUACUUUAAACAAUCCUUUAAGUUCUGGUAACGAUACUGCAACAUCAAGCAGUAAUAAUCAGCAGCCUUCUAUACUUGGAACUCACGAUGAAAAUUUGUAUUCUAAUUUUGGUUCUGACAAUUUAUAUCAAAAAGUGUGUCAUUCAAAGUCUUCAACUAAUGAAUCAUCAAAUACUUCAGGCAAUCUUUUAAGUUCUGGUAACGAUACUGCCACAUCAAGCAGCUUUUAUCAGUCAAUUGUCAGUACUGAUUUUACUGAUUCUGAGAAAUUUGUCGAUUUGUGUGAUAGAGAAGUAAAAAUGUUUUUGGAGUGUGAUAAAGAAGAAAGUUAUUCAAUUAUCCCGUUUGAUAAAUAUUAAUGAUUUAUACUCUUUUCUCGAUGUAACAUAAAACAAAAUAACAUGAAAUUAUAAUUAUAUAAACUAUUUUGCGAACAUAGUUUGUUAAUUAUCAGGCAAUUUGUUAGUUAUCAAGUUGCUUUUUUAAAUUAUUCAUAUUUAUAAUU